AUGGCCAUCCGCAACGCCAUAACCGACAUCACUGCAGAUUUCGAUGUCACCAUCCUGACGGGCCUUUCGGUCCACCAUGGGUACACGCUGCAGUAUCUACAGCAGCUUCGACAUCACAAGCCUCUUCUGGCGGCGAUUGUGUUUGUGGUGGAUUCGAUUAAGCCAGAGACGCUUUAUGAAGCUAACGAGGUGUUGUGGACGAUCUGUGAGACGUAUGAGAUCAUGGGCCCCACCAGAGCCGGCAAGACCUCGAUAAUCCAAAAGAUCGAAGACCCCAGCGCCAUAAUCGACCCAGCCAGCUACACUCCGAAUAUCACCUGCGAAAUGCACAUCAUUCGAUCCCCCAUCCUCCUCCCCUCCUCCUCCUCCUCUAUCCAGGACGGCAGAAGCAGUGCCCAGAAGAGACAAGUUCUUAUGUUUUUUGAUACCUCUGACAGCGAACGAUUAAGAGUCUACAACAACAGCUUCUUGCGACACACCCAUGGGAUCAUAUUCGUGAUCGAUUCUUCUCCUCAGGAAGGCCAGACCCGCGAAGAGUAUGUGGAUGAGGCGAGCAAGUCUUUGAGGAGGGUGAUUCACGAAUUGGUAAACCAUGACCAAGACCAGCCGCUGCUUGUGUUUGUGAACAAGCAGGAUCGACCUGAUUCGAUGACUGCAGAGGAGGUGAUUGAGCAUCUUCAUCUGAAAGAUACCUUUUCCACAAGUGGUCGACGAUGGUUUGUGCAGGAGGCGAGCGCUCUUCGGGGGGAAGGAAUCACAAUCGGGUUUGCGUGGUUGUUGGCACAGAUGCAAGACCGCCGGGCCAAUCCUGGAUUGUAG